AUGGUUAGAUAUAGCAAACUUCCAUUUAGGGAAUUACUCUUAAAGUACAAUGUUGACCUUGUUUAUACCCCAAUGAUGCUCGCCGAUGUCUUCAAGAAUUCCGAGUUUGCUCGUGAUACUGAUUUUUCUACGAAUGCUAAUGAUAAUCCUAUGGUUGUCCAAUUUGCAGCUAGUAAUGGUGCUGAUUUGGCCGAUGCUGCUGAAUUAGUGUCUCCUUAUGCUGGUGCUAUUGAUCUCAAUUGUGGGUGUCCUCAACGAUGGGCAAUUCAAGAAAAGAUUGGUUCUCACUUGAUGUCAGAUCCAGAAACGGUACGGGACAUGAUUCGAACAGUUAAAGGAAGAGUGGAUAUACCAUGUAGUAUUAAGAUCCGAGUGCAUCCUGAUCUGAAAAAGACAUAUGAAUUUGUGAAACGGGCUGAAUCGAUGGGUGUUGACUUUUUGACUGUUCAUGGUCGUACUCGCUGGCAAAAGUCAACUGAACCUGUCAAUUUUGAAGGUAUUCAAUUAGUGAAACAAUCUAUCAAUGUACCCGUCAUUGCCAAUGGUGGUAUAUUUUGUCAACAGGAUGUCGAUGAAAUGUAUGAAAAAACUGGUGUCGAUGGUGUCAUGUCAGCAAGAGGGCUUUUACGAAAUCCAGCCUUCUUUGCCGGUUACGAUUAUACACCAUGGGAAUGUAUUGAAGAGUAUGUACGAUUGGGAUUGGGCUAUGGUACACCUCCAUUUAUCUUUCAUCAUCAUUUGAUGUUUAUGUUUGAAGAUAUCAUGAGUAAUGCGGAAAAGAAAACAUUCAAUACCUUAUCAAGUAUCCCAGCCAUCAUCGAUCAUUUGGAAGAAAAUUGGGGGCUACAAACAUCAAGAUUGAUUUAG